AUGGAGAAGAAGAAGGAGGAGGAGGAGGAAAGACUGAAAACUAGAGGGGGGAGAGUUUUUGAGGCACAAAGUUCCCUCUUAAUGCCUCUAUUUCCUCUAUAUUUGUAUCGAGGGAUGUGGAAAAGCGGAACUAUUAUUUGCAUUUUUGUCGGUGUUUUUGCUUAUUACUCGAGUUUAAACUACGAGCAGAAAGAAGCGAAGAACAGGUCGGUUUGAUCCAGACAUCCUGCAUCACUUUACGCUCUUUACAAAGUUCAUUAUUAAAAGGUGGGUGAGCUCAAUUUGCGGGAGUUUCAACGUUCAAAUAUUCAGUUCUGCUAAACUCCACACUUAGAGUUUUGGUGGUACAUGUCCUUAUUUUAACACAGUGACCAUCAUAAAACCUCUCUGCUGUUUCAGUCUGAGUAAAACAUCUACCUAACAGAUACCACCAACUUUAAAUGCCAUUUUACACUCACUGAUUUCACUGUUCAGGGAGUGAAAUCAGUUCAUUUAUCUAAGACAAAAAAAAAAAAAACUCAAUGCAAAGAGACGAUGCCGACCGUUUAGGUGAAUUUGCGCGUUUUUGGCAGUUUGUUUGACCAGUUUAGCUGUUAUACUCAAAUCCCAGGACUGUGGUGGACCACCCACCAAAUGAUGUCACGACUCAAGUGAUAGUAAUCUGCCGGCAUGAAUUGAAAGGCGAAUAAAACGUUAACUCUUCACAAUGAAUUUACUUUUAUGAAUAUUUUUUUAUUUCUAUAAAAUAAAAUGGAUAAGAGGUGAAAUAGUUCACAUUUCCCAGAAAAUCGUUGUUACAUUCAGUAUUGAAAGUAACUAGAAAAUGCAAUUUCUGAAGAAAUUGCGAGUGGGAUUGCUUCAGUCGAAAUUGCUAGCGCUAAGCUGCUAUUGCGAAUGGCUGAAUUUUAAAAUAUGUGAAAGGUCAAAAGGUAUGAAGAAUCAGGAAGAUUUGAAUCAAUUGGAAUAAACUCAAUUGAAUGAAUUGAAUAAUGCAUGAAUAACAAUUUUAGAAAAUUCAACAUCUGAAAAUUAAAAUGAUUAAAAACCCUGAAGUAUGGGAAAGGCUUGAAGAACCAAUAAGUUUUGAAUCAGUUUAAAUGAGUUGGAAUUUGUUUGAAAGAACUGAAUAAUGUAUAAAGAGUAAAAAAUAUUUAAAACUGGAGAAUUAAAAGGUUACAAAUCUGGAAGAAAAAGAGGUUUGAAGAAUCAAAACGGUUUAAAUCAGUUUGAAGGAAAUAAAUUAGUUUGAAGAACUAAAUAAUGCAUUUUCAAUGAAUGAUUGAAAAAUGGGGACAAUGUAAAUGAAAAAAAAUCCUGAUUUGACCCCAUAAUGUCCUCAAUGAGCUGAAUUUAUUAAGCCCUGGAUGGUUUCUGUAGCUCAAGGUUUGUGCGAAGAGAUAGAUGACAAAGUUCGUCAAAUAACUCUAUUGAAGGGUUUUAAAUGUAACCCCCAGUACUCUGUGUACUGAGCCUGGCUUCAUGUGUCUCAUAUGGCUGUUAGAAGCAGCUUUCCAGCCAGCUGUGUGUCUCCAGGUGCUCUUAUUGGUUGCCAUGGUGACUGCAGAUGCUUAACGAAGCAUCUCCAAGCUUACUGUAGGGUUUGCAAGAUGGCGCCGGUGUGUGUGGCUGGCCGUCUGCUACGUCUGCUACUACUGCAAUGCUUGUUUUUUCUGUUGUUUUUAACCAUUGGCACUAAACAAAUCGAGUCUCUGUUGGUGUAUGAUCGCCAGUCUCUUUUAUCACUCAAACAAAAAGCCACAGAUUUGCGUGGUUUUGAUCGGGGUGGCAAAGACAGUUUGCCCCCGCUGUUGGCGGGGAUUCCACCUCACCUGUGCCGGGUGCCGGCCCUGCCUUCUCGCCGGAGGCGUCCUCGUCGCCGCGGCAGACGCGGCGGUCGGCUGGUGAAGCUAAAGCUUCGGCUGUCACAAUCUUCGUCCAUUUUCCGGACAGGGCAUGGAUUAUCCCCUCAUGUCUUUGUGCCUCGUCGCUUUCUGGACCCGAUCGGCGUCUGUCUGGUACCUGUCAUCGGCUCAGCGGAGGGACCCGAACCCCGCCGCCUCUGCCCUCUUCGGCUGUCACAGCGUGGGGUGGACCAUCGGCUCCUCAGAUCGCUGCGCCCGGCUCCCCGACCCACCGGACUACAGGCCCCGGCCCCAGCACCCGCCAGGAUCUGCUUGGUAAACGCCAGAUCCCUGGUGAAUAAAACUUUUAUUCUGAGGGAUUUCUUCAGCUAUCGUGCCCUGGAUUUCCUCUGUGUGACAGAGACUUGGAUCGGUGCGGGUGAGUCCAGCGCUCUAGCCGAACUUUUACCUCCCGACUGCUCUUACUUUAACUCCCCGCGGACGUCGGGUCGUGGUGGAGGAAUAGCAACGAUAUAUAAGAAUGGUUUUAAAUGCAAGCAGCGCACAGUAUCAUCCUCUUUUUCAAGCUUUGAGGUGACUUUAUUUGAGGUGGGUCGGUCUGACCCAGUGCUGUGCGCGGUCAUUUAUCGCCCCCAAAUACAAUAAGGAGUUUUUAAAUGACUUCUCUGGUCUACUGGCUGAAAUUAUGCCGAACUAUGAUCGUGUCCUUAUUCUUGGGGAUUUUAAUAUUCACCUAUGUUGUCCUGAAAAGCCGCUGGUGAAGGACUUUGUAAGUCUUAUUGACUCUUUUAAUUUGGUGCAGUGUGUGUCGGGUGCCACACACGAGCACGGGCAUUUACUGGACCUCGUACUGUGUCAUGGUUUACAUGUGUCUAACCUGGUGAUAUGUGAUGAUGUAUUUUCUGAUCACAGGCCUGUAUUGUUUGAAGUGUACCUUUCUUGCUCUGAGGUUAAAUCUGGCGCUCCUGCGCAGAGACGCCGGAUUAUUAACCCCUCCACUGCCGGUCGCUUCUCUGUGGCUUUUGAACAGCUCUGUGUCUGCCCUUCCUCUGCGAACACAGAGGUGCUCAGCUCCUGGUUUCAUUUCUUCUGUGAAAAUAUUCUGGACUCUGUGGCUCCUUUAAAAACUGUUCGGCCAAAGGCUAAAUCGGAGCCCUGGUUCAAUGAUGAAACUCGCGCAGCCAGACGAGAGUGCCGCAAAGCUGAGCGAAGGUGGAAGAAAGACAAGCUGCAGGUUUCUUUCCAAAUCCUUAAGGACUCCUUGAUCACCUACCAGAAAACUGUUAAACAGAGCAAAAUACAAUAUCUGGCAAACUUGGUGGAGGUAAAUCACCAUAACCCACGUGUGCUGUUUAAAAGUAUCGACACUGUUCUAAACGCCCCACAGCCUGCCAGCUUGGAGGCAUCUGUGGAAAUGUGCAAUAAUUUUCUGUACUUCUUUAUUGAAAAGGUUGUGACUGCCAGGUCUCUCAUCUGUGCUCCUGCAUCCGACCCCUCUGUGCCUGUUCCUUGUUCGGCAGUUCUUGACAGGUUUGAGCCUGUGUCUUUGUCAUAUUUAGAAGAGCUGGUUGGCCAUAUUAAGCCUGCAGGUUCUCCCUGUGAUGUUGUCCCUCCCAGGCUGUUUAAAGAGGUUUUCCCCUGCAUAGGUCAGUCUGUUCUGGCUAUCAUAAAUAGCAGUCUGUCCUCUGGUGUUGUUCCGCCAGGUUUUAAACAUGCAGUGGUGCAGCCUCUACUUAAAAAACCAGGCCUUGAUUGCAGUGUGCUGGCCAAUUUUAGGCCCAUCUCCAAGCUUCCUUUUAUUUCAAAGAUUUUAGAGAAAGUUGUUCAUGUUCAGCUAAAGUCCUUUCUGGAUGAGCAUGGUGUCUUGGAGGUCUUCCAGUCUGGUUUUAAAUCUCGCCACAGCACAGAGUCUGCUUUAAUAAGAGUUUUUAACGACAUCCUCCAGGCAAAUGACUCUGGUGAUUAUGUUGUUCUUGUUCUGUUAGAUCUAACUGCAGCCUUCGACACAGUGGACCACAAUACUCUGGUGGCUCGGCUAAGCUAUCUUAUAGGUGUCCGUGGUACUGCACUAGAGUGGUUCAAGUCCUAUUUGACCGACAGAACUAUGAGCGUGAGCCUUGGAGAUACAGAGUCCAGCUCUGCUCCACUGCCGUAUGGGGUUCCACAAGGGUCGAUUUUAGGGCCCCUGCUCUUUUCUUUGUAUUUGCUGCCCCUGGGAUCCAUCUUGAGAAAGCAUGGCAUUUCAUUUCAUUGUUACGCUGAUGACAGUCAGAUAUAUGUGCCACUUAACAAAAAAAAUGCUUUCUCCCUCACUCCACUUCUGGCGUGUCUUGAAGACAUCAAAGCCUGGAUGGCUUUGAAUUUCUUAAACUUCAAUGAAAAAAAAAACGGAAGUGAUGGUCUUUGGUCCCAGUGGCCCUUGUGAAACCCCUCCUGUAAACUUGGGUAUUUUAGCAGAUUAUUUAAAGCCAACCGUCUCAAAUUUGGGUUUUAAGAUGGACAGUGAUUUUAAAUUCGACAGGCAAAUUAGCUCCGUAGUGAAAUCCAGUUUUUAUCAUAUUAGGCAGCUGGCGAAGGCAAAGCCUUUCCUUUCACGAACGCACUUUGAAACAGUAAUCCAUGCCUUUGUUACAUCUCGGCUGGAUUACUGUAACGCACUUUAUUUUGGAGUCAGCCAGUCCUCCCUCUCACGUCUCCAGUUAGUUCAAAACGCAGCCGCCCGGCUCUUAACUGGAGUACGUAAGAGGGAGCACAUUACUCCCAUCCUGGCCUCCCUCCACUGGUUACCUGUGCAUUUUAGAGUUCAUUUUAAGAUUCUUUUAUUUGUUUUUAAAUCUUUAAAUGGUCUGGCUCCAUCAUACCUCUCUGAGCUUCUCCACCCCUACACCCCAGCUCGGUGCCUCAGGUCAGCUGAUCAGCUGCUCCUGGAGGUACCGAGGUCCAAACGGAAGCUCAGAGGGGAUAGAUCUUUUUCUGUUGCUGCCCCAAUUUUAUGGAACAAGCUACCCCUCCAAAUUAGAGAAGCCCCCACACUGUCCAUUUUUAAAACUCGUCUUAAAACCCAUUUUUAUUCAUUGGCUUUUAACCCUCCAUGAGACUCGGCUCCUGUUUUAGUGUUUUAUGGUUUGUUUUUAGUUAUUUGUUUCUAUGUUUUUAAAUUAGUUUUUAAAAACAUUGAAGCUAUAUUUUAUUAUUAAUUCUGCUUUUAUUUUAUCCAUUGUUUUAAUUGUUUCUUGAUUGUUUUUUAUCUUGUUGUUUUUGUCCUGUUAUGUACAGCACUUUGUACAGCUGUGGUUGUUUUAAAGUGCUCUACAAAUAAAGUUGAGUUGAGUUGAGUUGAGUUAACAACAGCAGGAGAAAGGAGGCUUGAGGCUGAGAACGUAAUGCCCAAACAACGUCAUAUUUCUCAUCCUCUGUAACUGCUAUCUUCAUGAUCAGGAGCUUGUGAGUACCACAAGGCCCGGCUGAACACGUUGAUACAACUUCUGUGUUUGUGGAGCCAAAAAUGCCUUCGCUACGACAAGUUAAAAACAUGUCCAGUUUGUGUUUCCUCUGAAAAUCCUCCUCUCAGGUUUACAUUGGAGUCAAUGGAGAAAUCUGGGGGAUGUCUGCGGCAGUUGGUGUCUGCCCAGGCCACUGUUUGUGUCCUACAGCUUUGAUUUUUUGGAUGAAGAGUGACAGCGAGUUUUGCCAUCACUGUACCAAAUUUUAUCUGUGUAGAGCGAAGUGAGUUGCCACAAUCCUUUUGUAAAGACAAAGUUUUGAGGUUAAAUUUUCAGCCCCUCUCACUCUAGCUGUGAGGUCACCCACUCUAGCGGCCAACAUUCCGUGCAAUACACACUAAUGUUAAAACCUGAACCGGUCAGAAAAUCUUUGGACUUUUUGAACUGUCACUGUGAGAAAAGUAUGAAUGCCAUGAAGAUGGUGAAUGAAUGAGUGAAUGUCUGAAGAUGUGUGAAUAUUUUAAAGUUUGAAUGAAGUUUCUAGGUGAAAGUAUGAAUGAAUGAGAAGAGGUUGAAGUUGACUACGUCUGAAGCCCUUUUCCCAUUGAAUCCCAUUAUAACGAAGUUUUAAACAAAUCUUAAUAUUUUGAAAAGUACAAAUGGGAUUAAAAAUGUUGAAGAUGUGGAAUAAUGCUGACGAAUUUGUGAAUAUUUUGGUUUUUGAAUGAAGUUUCUACGUGGAAGUAUAGAGUAGUUGAAGGCUUUUGAAGUUGUGUGAAGAAAAUGUGAGAAAAGGGACAAUUUGAACAUUCCGUAAUGCAUUUCCAAUGGGAGAAAUCGGUCGGAAAACCUGGAAUAUCUCGGAAAGUAUGAAUGUUAGGAAAUUUUUGAAUACAAGCCGGAAUCUCCUGAAUGAGACGAAUCUUUUGAAGUUUGAAUGGUUUGAAUACGUUGAAGAAUGUGGAAGGAGAAGCGGUCCAAAAAACGGCGGAAUAAUAAUAAUAACUAGAAAAUGCAAUUUCUGAAGAAAUUGCGAGUGGGAUUGCUUCAGUUGAAAUUGCUAUCGCUAUGCUGCUAUUGCGAGUGGCUGAAUUUUAAAAUAUGUGAAAGGUCAAAAGGUAUGAAGUAUCAGGAAGAUUUGAAUCAAUUGGAAUAAACUCAAUUGAAUGAAUUGAAUUAUGCAUGAAUAAUAAUUUUAAAAUUUCAACGUUUGAAAAUUAAAAUGAUUAAAAACCCUGAAGUAUGGGAAAGGCUUGAAGAAUCAUUAAGGUUUGAAUCAGUUUAAAUGAGCUGUAAUUUGUUUGAAAGAAAUGAAUAAUGCAUUAAGAGUAAGAAAAUUUUAUAACUGGAAAAUUAAAAGGUUACAAAUCUGGAAGAAAAAGAGGUUUGAAGACUCAAAACAGUUUAAAUCAGUUUGAAGGAGUUUACAUUAGUCUGAAGAAUUAAAUAAUGCAUUUUCAAUGAAUGAUUGAAAAAUGGGGACAAUGUAAAUGAAUAAAAAUCCUGAUUAGACCCCAUAAGCUUUUAAAUGUCACCCCCAGUACUCUGUGUACUGAGCCUGGCUUCAUGUGUCUCAUAUGGCUGUUAGAAGCAGCUUUCCAGCCAGCUGUGUGUCUCCAGGUGCUCCCUUUGGUUGCCAUGGUGACGAUAGAUGCUUAACAACAGCAGGAGAAAGGAGGCUUGAGGCUGAGAACGUAAUGCCCAAACAACGUCAUAUUUCUCAUCCUCUGUAACUGCUAUCUUCAUGAUCAGAAGCUUGUGAGUACCACAAGGCCCGGCUGAACACGUUGAUACAACUUCUGUGUUUGUGGAGCCAAAAAUGCCUUCACUACGACAAGUUAAAAACAUGUCCAGUUUGUGUUUCCUCUGAAAAUUCUCCUCUCAGGUUUACAUUGGAGUCAAUGGAGAAAUCUGGGGGAUGUCUGUGGCAGUUGGUGUCUGCCCAGGCCACUGUGUGUGUCCUAUGGCUUUGAUUUUUGACAUGAAGAGUGACAGCAAGUUUUGCCAUCACUGUACCAAUUUUUAUCUGUGUAGAGCCAAGUGAGUUGCCACAAUCCUUUUGUAAAGACAAAGUUUUGAGGAUCAAUUUUCAGCCUGUCUCACUCUAGCUGUGAGGUCACCCACUCUAGCUGCCAACAUUCCGUGCAAUACACACUAAUGUUAAAACCUGAACCGGUCAGAAAAUCCUGUGAAUUUUUGAACUGUCACUGUGAGAAAAGUAUGAAUGCCAUGAAGAUGAUGAAUGAAUGAGUGAAUGUCUGAAGAUGUGUGAAUAUUUUAAAGUUUGAAUGAAGUUUCUAGGUGAAAGUAUGAAUGAAUGAGAAAAGGUUGAAGUUGACUACGUCUGAAGCCCUUUUCCCAUUGAAUCCCAUUAUAACGAAGUUUUAAACUAAUCUUAAUAUUUUGAAAAGUACAAAUGGGAUUAAAAAUGUUGAAGAUGUGGAAUAAUGCUGAAGAAUUUGUGAAUAUUUUGGUUUUUGAAUGAAGUUUCUACGUGGAAGUAUAGAGGAGUUGAAGGCUUUUGAAGUUGUGUGAAGAAAAUGUGAGAAAAGGGACAAUUUGAACAUUCCGUAAUGCAUUUCCAAUGGGAGAAAUCGGUCGGAAAACCUGGAAUAUCUCGGAAAGUAUGAAUGUUAGGAAAUUUUUGAAUACAAGCCGGAAUCUCCUGAAUGAGAUGAAUCUUUUGAAGUUUGAAUGGUUUGAAUAUGUUGAAGUAUGUGGAAGGAGUAGCGGUCCAAAAAACGGUGGAAUAAUAAUAAUAACUAGAAAAUGCAAUUUCUGAAGAAAUUGCGAGUGGGAUUGCUUCAGUUGAAAUCGCUAUCGCUAAGCUGCUAUUGCGAAUCGCUGAAUUUUGAAAAUAUGUGAAAGAUAAGAAGGUUUGAAUUAUCAGGAAGAUUUGAAUCAACUUGAAUAAACUCAUUGAAUGAAUUGAAUAAUGCAUGAAUAACAAUUUUUUUAAAAAAUGUGAAAAUAAAAAUGUUCAAAAACCCUGAAGUAUGGGAAAGGCUUGAAGGAUCAGAAAGGUUUGAAUCAGUUUAAAUGAGCUGAAAUUCGUUUGAAAAAAUUUAAUAAUGAAGCAAUAAUGAAAAUGAUUUAAAACGGGAAAAUUAAAAUGAUUUAAAAUCCGGAAGUAUGACAGGUAUGAAAAUUAAGGAAGGUUUGAAUCAGUUAAAAUGAGUUGGAAUUAGUUUCAAGAAUUUGAUAAUGCAUGAAUAGUGUAAAUGAUUAAAACAGGUAAAAUUAAAAUGAUCAUAAUCUGGAAGUAUGAGUGCUUUGAAGAUUCAGAAAGGUUUGAAUCCGUUUGAAUGAGUUUCAAUGAGUUUAAAGAAUAAAACAAUGCAUACUCAAUGAGUGAUUGAAAAAUUGGGAAAAUUCAAAUUAAUAAAAAUCCUGAUUAGACCCCAUAAUGUCCACAAGUCCCGGCUGAACAAGUUGAUACAAUUUCUGUGUUUGUGGAGCCAAAAAUGUCUUCAUUGUUAUCACUAGGACAAGUUACAUGCCAAGUUUGUGUGUAGUCUGAAAAUCCUCCGCAGGAUUCAACCGACGUGUCUGUGCAUUACAUGACGGUGGGAAAUUUUAAUUCUCAAAUCGUCUUGUAGGAAUCAUCCAUCGUAUAUUUGCAUAAUAUUUGCUCCUUACCGUUUUCACAACACACACACACACACACACACACACACACACACACACACACACACACACACACACACACACACACACACACACACACACACACACACACACACACAGAAACAUAAAAACCUCUCUCUGUCGAAAUUCCGACUGUCCCUGAAUGCACCUCGACUACCAACGGUGGACGUGACGCUAUUUAAUUACUUCUGACUCCUGACUUUGAGGUAAGCGGCUGCAUCUCUUUCACUUCUCCCCAAAUAAUGUUUAAUUCGCCGGUUUAGCACACCGAGUUAGUGUUCAAACUCCCGGAAACUAAUGUGAUAAGUCUCAUUUAGUUUUCACAUCACAGAAAGCCGUAGCAAAGUCCGUGUGAGAUUAAUUACACCUGUUUCGCCAAAGCUAACUGUAAUGAAACUUACAGCCACCGCAACUGAUAACGGUCGACGACGAUUAACAGAGAAAGUCGCAGUCUCUUCUCCCCUAAAUAUUAAAACCUGCCGUUUUAUUCUCUCUCUCUCUGUGAUGCUGUGGCAUAAUUGUGAUAUUGUUAUAAUAAAAGGGAAAAAAUUAAACUGUCACGGUCUUAACAUCAACCAACAGUCAGCUAACUGCUGGCUAAUUAGAGUCCAUGCUCCGUGACUCUAACCGUUAAUAUAUUUUCAUGGUUGUAUGAACAAUUAACUGUCAGCUCUGAGCAAAUUCUCAGAUUUCCAUAACACGAACAUCCUUAGCAAGCGCAGUUGCCUCCUUUGCUCUAAUGUUAAUGUCUACCUUACUGGUUGGUUAGUCACUUUAGCUGUUUAGUCAGCAAUAGUGCUGACUUAGGCAAGUGAGCUUUUUAAGAGAGUGAAAUGUCAAUAUCUGACAUUAGUCAGCUCUUGGCUGUAUAGACCAUUUUAUGAGCAGCCUUUUUGACAUGAAAUGAUCAUUAAAACCACCUGUAGGUAAUAAUGUGUCAAAGGUACAGGGUCUUAAUUAAUAAAACUGUAACACCUGUGUCAGCUUCAAACCAGAAUGGAUGCUGUGUGAUCUGAUUUGUUCAAAUUAUUAAUAAAGUGAGAGUUCUUGUUUGUGGUGUGAACUGUGCAGGUGAAAUGCAUAAUACAUUGUACAGCUUAGAGCACACAAAAUUUUUCCAGCCUUUUAGAGAGAGACAGAGAAGAGGACACUAACAUGCUGUCUUCUCUUUUAGACGGAGAGAGGUUCCAGCGCAUGUUUGGUGAGUACCUGAUAUUAAAAUCUAAAGUGAAAUUGACAGAAGAGUUGAGCACUCUGAGUAUGGAUGAAAAAAUCGUUGACUUUUUAAGUUGAUCAUUUGGGUAUAAAAAUUAACUCUGUGUGUGAGCGCUUCCAGCCCAAGGGCACAUAAGGUCCCCUAGCAUGCACAGCAAUUCUGAAACCAAGCGGAUUUACUUUUGAGAGAGAACCAGCUGCUUUGUCAAACUUGUACAAUAUCAUAGCAUAUUAACCUGAUUUGUAAUAUGUACUAAACUGAGCACCGCGCAGUCUUUACCUUGAAAUAAGAGAUGCAGAGAGCAGUUACUAGCCCAUCAUGUUUAAUAGCAUAUGAGCUUGAGUUUAGGCUUAAAAAAUGUCAACCUAGUCACAUAGAUGAACACAGCUAAAUGUAGUAAUUAUUGUAAAUCUCGUAUGGUAUAAUUCUGCAAAAGGUAACGAUGAUUUUUCUUUUUUGUGGUCCUUGGUCUGCAGAAGAGUACCAGUUUCCAGGUUCCAGUGGAUCGUCCUGUUUGUCCCUCCCCUAACCCCCAACCCCUCUAUCAUCCGUCCUGCUCUGUCUGUUGUCUCUGCCUUCUUUCUCUCUCCCUAAGUUUCAUCUCUCAGGUUGGUUGAUACUCCCAACCUAUUACAGACGCUUGGUUGAUACUCCCAAGCACCCCUUGAACACGUCUGGUUGAUACUCCCAGGCACCCCUUGAACACGUCUGGUUGAUACUCCCAGGCACCCCUUGAACACGUCUGGUUGAUAUUCCCAGGCACCACUCACACACACUUGGUUGAUACUCCCAAGCACCUUUGAAAGAAAUCUCUGGGUUUGUUCUCCCAAUUAUCUUUGUCAAAGCUUACUUGGUUGAUAUUUCUAAGUAGCUUUUAAAAAGCUAAAUUGGUUGAUACUCCCAAGUGUCUUUGAUAAAACUGACUUUGUUGAUACACUGAGGCAUUUUUCAAGAAAACUUAAUUGGUAGAUACAGACAGACAGCAUUUGAAAAACUCAAUUGGUUGUUACUCCCAAGUAUCUGCUGCCACCACAACUACCACUACCACUACUACUACUACUACUACUACUACAACUACAACUACAACUACUGCUACCACUACUACUACCAACAGACUACGACUGAUUGUUUCCAGGAACAAUGCCACGCAAAGGAAAGAGAUCCCAAGCCAAAAAGCUACACUGGCAGAAAUUUCCUGAGUCCCGAGUACCUGAUCAACGGGUGGUGAGUCCUCAUCCUUACAACAGCGGACAGGUAAAUACCCCUGAUUUUUCUAAUGCUAAUGUCACACGUGUGUUGGCUUCCCGCAGUCAGGGGCAUGAUACAUACGCUGAUUCAAAGAACAGUCAAUGCUCCUGCAACUGUGCUACUUUCCUGGCCUUUCUGCAUGAGUUAGGACAACUCCACACUGCUGAUCUUGAUCUCGUUUUGGACAGAGGCCAUGCAAUGUAUGCUCUAACUCUCGGUCAGUUGGAUGUUGAUGGUCAAAAAGUUGAUAGAUUCUUAAAUAUAGAUGAACUUCCACCAAUCAUUGUUGGUGACAGACAACAGCACAUAAUGACAAAGUGUCAGUCAGUCAGUGGCGUCUUUACAGCUCCUACCUUGCUAAACAACAACCUUGCAGAUGUACUUCAGUGCUUGUCCGCAGAGGUGAACUACGCAUUGUUGAUAAUGAGUUCAAUGUACAUUGCUGUUUUCCGAGACCAACGCGGGCAGUAUGGCUAUUUUGACCCACACUCUCGACAGCCUGAUGGCUUUCCUGCUGGCUUUGGUUGUGGCACAGCUGUCGUCUUUAUUUUCACAUAUUUAAAUGAUCUGAUCACAAAGCUUGUGACGUUAUUCCGUGCAGUUGGCUCCGGUCCAAAUUCUUAUUUUGAGCUGACACCUGUGCUCUUUGAGACUGUGGAUGAGCCCUCAGUGGAAGGAAAUUUGCCACAUAUGGAGUCGAAUGCAGAUGAUGUUCCCAUAGCGAGGCAGCAAGAACCUCACAUGUCCAGUCUACCCCAGGCGAAAUCUGAGAUUAAAAUACAAUUUAACAGUCACACUCUGCCAAGAGAGUCAAAACGUAAUAAACAGGAAAGGAGGAAGUUGAAAAGAAGAGCUCAAAAGGGGAAGACAAAAGUUGCAAUCGACAAAAAUGAAAAACAGCGAGAACGAUAUGCCAAGGACAGAUCAUACCAGCAACGUAAAAAGUCUUAUAUGGCUAAUCGGUACAGGCAGGAUCCAGAGGUCAAACAGAGGAAGAAGUCCUACAUCAAACGUCGCUACAAAAAUGACACAGAGUUUAAACAGAAACAAAGGUCUUACAUCAACCGCCGAUACGCAGAUGAUGCAGAGUUUAAAGGGAAACAAAGGUCUUACAUCAACCGCCGAUACGCAGAUGAUGCAGAGUUUAAACAGAGACAAAUGUUGUACAUAACACACCGCUAUUGCCAGGACUUUGCAUUCAGAACCAAACAAAGGCAGUUUAUCAUAAAGCGUUACGCAAAUGAUCCUGCAUUCAGAAUGAGGCACAAACAAACUAUGAGACAGCUAAUGAGAGACAAAUACAGAAACAACCUUGUAACCAGACUGACCAACAGCAUGCGUUGUGCAAUUAAGAUUAGACAAAAAUACAGACAUUUAAACAGAAAGCAAAUCGACAUGGAUGACAGUCAGAUUAAAGAAGCCAUAGAGAUUUUCAGAUCACAUGUAAAAGAUGGACCCACUUAUGUCUGCACAGUUUGUCACAGAGCACUGUUUCCGAAUCAAGUGCGACCCUGCAAUCGGUCAAAAUAUGACAAAGAGCCACGUGUUGUUGCAGCUUGUCUCACUGGUGCAUAUGUUCAUGUCUGCAGUGAUGAAUGCGAAAAUUUACAACAGUGCCCCGUACCAGAGGAGCGAAAGAGAGAGUGGAUUUGUUACACAUGCCAUGAUCACCUUAAGGUUGGUGGGAUGCCUCCCCUCGCAACGGCUAAUAAUUUACAGCUUGCUGAUAUUCCAGAUGAACUGUGUGAUUUGAACAUUUUGGAACGUCAUCUCGUAGCUAAAAGCAUACCGUUUGCUAAAAUUAUUCCACUGCCCAAAGGUCAACAAAGAGCUAUCCGUGGAAAUGUUGUGUGUGUUCCAUCUGAAGUACAGGAAACUGUAAAUGCUUUGCCCAGACUAAGGAGUGAAUCUCAGGUCAUGAGAGUGAAGCUGAAGAGACGACUGUGCUACAAAGGUCAUCAGCUGUUCCAAACUGUGACCUGGCCAAAGCUGGUGAGAGCUCUGCUCAAACUGAAAGAAAUCCAUCCCCAGUAUAAAGACAUAACAAUCAGAGAUGAAGCUGAGUCAUGUGACCCUACUCUCCCUGAUAAUGAAGACAGCGACAGUGAUGAGGAUGACGGAAUGGAUGAUGAUGAUUACGAUGAGGAAGAUUUGAUGGAGAUUGACCGUAUUGAGAAAAAUGCACUCUGUGAGGCAGAAAGCAUUCCCGAAAACGACGAACAACAUAUGGAAAAUCAGUCAGGUAAUAAUGGCUGUGAGCCAGAGAAACAGUCUGAUAACUUGGAGGGUGAUGAACCAAACGGUGGUGUUGUCCUUGAAUCAUGUCUGCAGCCAAGUGAUGUGUCAGAGGAGAUUUUGAGUUUUAGUGAGGGAAUAUACUCUGUUGCCCCCGCUGAAGGAAAAAAACCGUCAAGCUUUUUCAGAACACCUAAACUUGAGGCGAUGGCUUUCCCAGUUCAGUUUCCCACUGGUGAAAAUACACUGGAUGAUAACAGGCCACUGAAAUUAACACCCUGCAGUUACUUCAAAACGAGGCUUUGCUGUGUCGAUGGCCGUUUCGCUAAAGAUACUAACUACUUGUUUUUUGCUCAAUUUGUGACAGAAAUACAUAUGGCCACUUCCAGCAUGAGAAUACAACUGCGCAAAGGCAAACCGCUUACUCGAGAUGGCCGCAAAAUCACAAGUGCCAUGUUGCAAAACAAACGAGAAGUCGAAAGGCUAGUGCGGAACAAAGAUGCAAUAAGAUUCAUGACACCGCUGAGAGGCACCCCGGCGUAUUGGCAGAAAACAACCAAAGACUUGUUUGCGAUGAUUCGGGCUUUAGGCUCGCCACAAUUCUUCCUAACUUUCAGUGCUGCAGAAAUGCGUUGGAAAUGGGUUAUCACAGCAAUUAAAGCCCAGCAAGGUGAACACGUGAAUUUUGAAGAGCUGGAUUGGUCCUCCAAGUGUGAGAUUUUGCGAAGUAAUCCUGUCACCACAAUGCGCAUGUUUGACAAACGUGUCGAGGCACUGUUCAGAGAUCUGAUCCUGUCCCCCGCACAACCUAUCGGCAAAGUCGUCGACUACUUUUACCGGCUCGAGUUUCAGCACAGAGGAAGCCCACACAUUCACGGUAUGGUAUGGGUGGCAGGCGCACCUGUGUUUGAAGAAUGCUCUGAUGAGGAGGUGUGUAAGUUUGUGGCCAGAUUCAUCAAAGCUGAGCUGCCCGAUGAAAACAAGGACCCAGAACUGUACAAAAUAGUCACAGAAGUUCAGAUGCACAGCAAAAAUCACUCCAAGACAUGUGUGAAAUACAGUGGUGCAAACUGUCGUUUCGGAUUUCCCAAACAACCUGUCCCAGAAACCACAAUAAUCAGACCGGGGGCAAUUGUGGAUGAAGCAACAGACCUGGCAUUGACAGAAAAGCUAGCAACACUGAACAGGCUUCUUCAUGAACCUACUACUGCAUCGCUCAGCUUUGAACAGCUUUUGACAAAAUGUGAGUUCACCAAAGAAGAAUACCACAGGUGUUUGCAGAGCAAAACCAACGGCAGUCAAGUGAUGCUGAAGCGUGGUCCCAAAGAUGUUUGGGUAAAUGGCUACAAUCCCUACCUUCUGAAAGCCUGGAAUGCCAACAUGGAUAUCCAAUUCAUUCUCAACCCAUACUCCUGUAUCAUGUACAUGUGCAGCUACAUCAGCAAGGCGGAACAUGGUCUGAGUGAAUAUCUCAAAACGGUGAUACAAAACUCACGUCAGGAAGAUGUCAACGAAAGCGAUGAAAUGAAACAAAUAAUGCAGGCCUACUCCAAAAAAAGAGAGGUAAGCGCUCAGGAGUGUGUGGCUCGUGCAUGCGGUCUACACAUGAAGCAGUGUUCACGCAGCGUGGUGUUUGUGCAGACGGAUGACAACGCACUGAAAAUGAGUUACCCCUUGUCACACCUGGACAACAAACCUUCAGAAUCGGAACAUGUGUGGAUGACAGGGUUACCUGAUAAGUAUGUAUGCAGACCAGAAACACCAGACUUUGAGGCAAUGUGCUUGGCGGAUUUUGCAUCGAGCUGCAGAAUAGUCUAUGGCAAGCAGACAAAAGGCAAAAACACUCAUCGCCUGCUGAAUGAGAUGGGGUUUGUCCAGAAGAGAGCAAAUGAUGAAAAACAUGCUGUCAUCAAAUAUCGACCCAUUUCCCUUGAGAAAGAUCCAGAGCUGUAUUAUGGCACAUUGCUUAAACUGUACGUGCCUUACCGCUCAGAAAACCAGCUGAAAUCUAACCACUUCCCAACUUACCAGUCUGUCCAUGACCAUGCAGCUGUUUGGUUACCUGGAUCACAGCAUCCCGAGCGCGUGAAGGCAAUUGUGAAACGCAACAGAGAAAAACAUGAGAAACACCGUGAGGACAUUGACAGUGCCAUUCAAGAGUUUGAAGAAAGAGGAAUGUUGCUAAAUGAAUGGGGCAACCUGGCGCCUGAGAGUGAGCUCGAACGGCUCGAGUGCAUAGAUGAACUCAAUGAAAGAGAAGCUGAUGAGGACGUGCAGGAGAAUGUUCCAGACUAUAAUGUGAGGUCAGACGUGAGGCAAGAAUCUGCAGUCACGAUCGAAGCCCCUGAAAUUGAUCCUGUGGUGCUGCGUGAGAUGUACCAGAACUUGAACCAAACGCAAGCUUCAGUUUUCCACACCAUUCGGGAAUGGUGCUUGAAAUGUGUUUGUGGUUCAAAACCAGAGCAGUUCUUCUUGUACAUUAAUGGUGGUGCCGGAACAGGUAAGUCUCAUCUAAUCAAAUGCAUCCAUGCAGAGGCAUCUAAAAUACUCAGAAGACUUCCAAGAAAUGCAGAGGAAGCAGACAUCUCUAAACCUACUGUUCUCUUGACUGCAUUCACUGGUACUGCAGCAUUCAACAUUUCAGGUACAACAUUGCAUUGUCUCUUGAAGCUGCCCAGAAGUCUCAAGCCUCCUUUCCAAGGUCUUGGUAACAAACUUGAUGAAGUCAGGGCAGAGCUUUCAAAUGCAGAGAUACUCAUUAUUGAUGAAGUCUCCAUGGUCUCCAAACAGCUCUUUGCCUACGUGGAUGCGAGACUGAAACAAAUCAAAGGAAGUCAGAGACCUUUUGGUGGAAUGUCAGUUCUCACUGUUGGAGAUUUCUACCAGCUACCACCUGUCAGACAGUCGAAACCUCUGUGUGUGUUUGACCCGACUCAGAUCGACCUCUGGCGUGACAACUUUCAGAUGGUCACACUGACCGAAAUCAUACGUCAGAAAGAUGAUGUCACUUUUGCUGAGACGCUGAAUCGAAUCCGUGCCAAAGAAAAGACAGUGUCUUUGUCUCAUGAAGACAGAGUUCUGCUUUCACAGGCCUUAGCUGACCCGGCUCAAUGUCCAAAAGACGUACUGCAUGUUUUUGCGACAAACAAACAGGUUGAGGAACACAACUCAAAAACCUUGGACAUGUUUCACUCCGACGUCACCACAAUAGAUGCAGAUGACUACAAAAAAGAUCCAACCACCGGGAGAAUGACGAGACAAAGUGUACCUUUCCAAGGAAACAAAAAGGAGUUGCCUGACUCGAUAAAAUUGGCCAUCGGCGCUAAUGUCAUGAUCACCAGAAAUAUAAGUGUGCAGUCAGGUCUCUGCAAUGGAACAUUUGCACGCAUUGCAAAAGUAGUGACUAAAGCAGGAAAUCCGCAUGUUGAAAAACUUGGACUGAAACUGAACAGUCAAAGUGCAGCAGCCAGCGAAGCAGAUGUGGAUGAAAACAUCGUGUACAUUGACAGAGACGAGGAGAACCUUAAACAGACGGGAGUUGUCAGAAGACAGUUUCCCAUCAAGCUCGCUUUUGCGUGUACAAUACACAAAGUUCAAGGGAUGACAACUUCCUCGGCCGUGGUCUCACUGAAACACAUCUUUGAACCCGGCAUGGCCUACGUUGCUCUGAGCAGAGUGACCUCUCUGAGUGGACUCCACAUUCUAGACAUGGAUGAGAGGAAAAUCUAUUGCAACCCUGAAAUCACUGUAGCUCUUGAAAACAUGUCUAAAGCUUCACUUGAACAUGUCAUGCCUCUCCUCAAGAUCCCAGAAACAUUGAGCAGGCCAGACACUCUCACUGUCAUUCAUCACAACACAGAAGGACUACCAGCUCAUAUCACCGACAUCAAAAGUCACCAUGAACUACAUCUUGCAGACGUGCUCUGUCUCACUGAAACUCAUCUGCGAGGAUCCUUUGUUGCUGAGAGUCUCCACCUUGAAGGCUACAACAUGUUCAAACGUAACAGAAACGUGUCUUAUUCAAACCAUCCUGCCAUGGCCACUAAAAACGGUGGCGGAGUUGCCAUCUAUGUGAAAGAACACAUCAGAGUCCUUGAGAGACAUUUCAUUCAAAAUGCCACUGAUAUUGAGUUCAGUGUCAUCAAACUUGAAGCUCCUUUCAGGGCUCUAAUUGCUGCCGUCUACAGGCCUCCUGACUACGAUGUUCACUCAUUCAUAUCCAACCUCAGAAGUCUCUUGGAUUCACUGGAAGUCAUGGAUCAUCAUCCCAUCUUAGUCUGUGGAGAUUUUAAUGAAGAUUUGCUGUCCAGAGCAAGGAAGCCCAUUCUUGAACUGUUUCAGUCAAAAGGUUAUGAACAACUCAUAACUGCUGCAACCACAGAGAAGAACACGCUGCUUGACCCCAUUUUCAUCUCUUGCCCGCAGUCCUGUAUCCAUUCUGGCGUGCUGCGGACAUACUACAGUUACCACCACCCUGUCUACUGCGUGCUCACUUUAGAAACACCCUAAAAAGAACUGGCUGGUUUAAAAUUGAGAACUUGGUGCAAAGUUAAGGGGAAAAAAAAAUUAUUGUGUCCAUAACUGUCGGUUUACACGUUGCGAUUUAAGAGAAGAGUUUUAAUUAUUGGUUUCCUAUUCGAUCACCUAACGAAACGUUGUAAACAUAGUAUAUUUUAAGAUGGGGGGGUCGUCCUCAGCAGCCAGGCUGUAACACCUGCUCUGGCUGCUCUAGCUUUUAAAAGGCUGGGAGGGAGGGAUGGUCAGACGGCCCUCCUAUACCAAAGAAAAACAUACCUGCAAAUACUUUCUAGUCACUGUACAAUGUGAGAUUAAAGACAAUAUAUAAAACUUUAAUACAUUUCUGAAAAAUACAGUGAAGUAAAAUGAUGCAAAGGUCAGUACAUUAUUAGUAGCAUUUAAAAAAAAAAUUUAAAAUAUACAGUGAGACAAAUUAAAAACAAGCUAAUUUAAAAGAAAUAAAAACUGCCACUGAAACUAUUAUGAACUAAUGAAAUAUUAUAAACAAAUUAUAUUUUAAGAUGAGGGGGUCGUCCUUAGCAGCCAGGUUGUAACACCUGCUCUGGCUGCUAUAGCUUUUAAAAGGCUGGGAGGGAGGGAUGGACCGACGACCCCCUCCUAUACCAAAUUAUAUAGAAAUACAUUUCUGCAAGUCGUUACUUUACGCUGUAUUAGAGUUGCCCAUUAUGUCCUGCCAUUUACUUUGAGUAGUGGCAGGAAGGUCUGAGGAUGCAUUACUGCUCCUCAUUUCUCUUGAACGACUUGGUGUGGGCGUAAGGUAAGAACAAUAUUGAUCUUUCAUAUAUACUAGCUGCAGGACUGCUCCAUUUUAAAUGUGAAAAUACACGUUGUUUUACUGGAUUUGUUUGUCUGAAUCUCUCUGUUCAUUUGUUUGGGUUUAGGCACCUGUGCCCUCCAGACACCAAAGAUGUGGGGUGAUGACACUAGAACUCCAGCUCUGUGCUCAGUGUGUCCCAAGGGCCUACCUUGGAGAGGGGAAGACACAUUUCAUCCUAAGAGAGCAUCAGGUCAGCCUAUGAUUUUGAUAUCAAGACAUUUGCACUCUGAGUUUGUUGCCUUUUACUGUUUGUGUUUGUUUCUGGUGGUCUACCAAAGGAGAUAAGGAUGAGCCUCUCUCAAAAGAACAUCCAUUGGUGAACCCUCUGUCUGACACUUGGUUGUAUUCACACCUUCCUGGGCUGAGAAGUUCGUCACCAAGUCUUUCACAGCCGUGUAAAUUUACGGGUAGGAGCUGCAAGUGUCACAGUGAGAAGAAACAAUUCUACCUGUAAAUUCCCUGAACAUGUGCAUGGUGAGUGACAGUACAGUUUAUUCCUUUUAAUCUAAGGCUGCCAAUAAUUUCUCAAUGAUGCUCCAUGGCAUUUUGAAGAAGUUCUUUUUGUCUGGUAGAGUGUCACAGUGGCAGCCCCACACUGGCAGAGCAGCGCCUGAGCAACAGUUCCAGAGUACUGCAGCUAGACAGCUGUGUCUUUGAACUUGAGGAGGACCCAUACACAUUGUAAGUUGACUUAAAUGUUGUUACAAUGUCUGUUUUCUGGUGUAUUCAAAUCAAUCUGUAAGAUUUCAUCUGUUUUUUCUCUCUCCUGUUCAGUGCUACAGAGAGAGGUGAAGUUGGACAUGCCGCGUAUGCAACAUUAUCCUGAGAAGAGGUGCCACCACUGAUCUUGAACAGGACUCAAGCAUGUUGUGAGUGGACUGAACAGUUUAUUGAUCACGAAGAGUUUUGUGACAUUUGCUAGAAAAGUUUAAAGGUAUUGAUAAUAAAUGUAAAGUUUUGUCUGCCAGUGCUGUACAGGAAACCAAACCCUCUCCGUGUGUGACCAAUUAGCGGAGAGAACUUCUGAUCCAGGAUUGGACAAGUUGUUGCUCACACAAUGCUGGACCUCUAACGGGUAUGUACUUGUCUUCAGCAGUCAUAUUAUUUCUUUGUGUUCAUCUGAUGUGACAACCUUCUCUCCUCUCUGUACAUCACAGAAGUCGACAUGAGCUGAAGAACUAGAAAAGUCCUGCAGAUCUUGUGACUGUGGCUUCUUAGAACCAAGCACCGAGUCUACAGCAGAGAAGGGUUCUGACCUGGGGAGCAACAGCUCUGAACUUCACCAAGUAUGUUUCAUCUUCAAAAUCUUUGACUUUUCCACACUACAACCAGCUGUGUAGGAUUUCAGUUUGUCGUCUGUAACACCAGUGUAAACUGUUGUCUUUUCCUCUCAACUCAUCACAGAACCAGCUCGACAUGAGCCACAGAGCCAAACCCAGCAACCAUGUGACCCUGGAGCCAUGUGAUCUCUGCUGAGCUUAGAACUCUAAAAUACUGCAUGCUCAGCCGUCCUGGUAGGGGAUCCCUCUAAGACCUGGCCUACCUAAAGGUUUCUUCCUCUUAUCCUGAGAAAGCUUUUUUGGGGGAGUUUUUCCUGACAUGCUUGGAGGGUCGAAAGGCUGAUGGUGCCAUAUACCCCAGAUUUUUUUUCUGAUUCAAUGUCAAUAAAGAAAGAAAAUGAAAUUCUGGCGUUUUAAUUUACUUAUUUGAAAGAGUGAAUGAAUGAAUGACACAUCCCAGUCAGCUUUGUUUCUCCAGGUGCACUAAUUGGUUGCCAUGCUGAAGGUAAAUACAUCAUUACAGCAUAAGAAAGAAGUACAAGUUCAAGUUCAAAUGAGUUGUUGCUGAUUUUUAAAAAUAUGUGAAAAGUCAAAAGGUAUGAAGUAUCAGGAAGAUUUUAAUCAAUUUGAAUAAACUCAAUUGAAUAAAUUGAAUAAUGCAUGAAUAAUAAUUUUAAAAAUUCAACGUUUGAAAAUUAAAAUGAUUGAAAACCCUGAAGCAUGGGAAAGGCUUGAAGAAUCAAUAAGGUUUGAAUCAGUUCAAAUGAGUUGGAAUUUGUUGGAAAGAACCGAAAAAUGCACUAAAGGAAAAAAUGAUUUAAAACUGGAAAAUAAAAAGGUUACAAGUCUGGAAGGAAAAGAGGUUUGAAGAAUCAAAACGGUAUAAAUCAGUUUGAAGGAGUUUAAAUUAGUUUGAAGAGUUAAAUAAUGCAUUUUCAAUGAAUGAUUGAAAAAUGGGGACAAUGUAAAUGAAAAAAAAUCCUGAUUAGACCCCAUAAUGUCCUCAGUGAGCUGAAUUUAUUAAGCCCUGGAUGGUUUCUGUAGCUCAAGGUUUGUGCGAAGAGAUAGCUGACAAAGUUCGUCAAAUAACUCUACUGAAGGGUUUUAAAUGUAACCCCCAGUACUCUGUGUACUGAGCCUGGCUUCAUGUGUCUCAUAUGGCUGUUAGAAGUAGCUUACCAGCCAGCUGUGUGUCUCCAGGUGCUCUUAUUGGUUGCCAUGGUGACAAUAGAUGCUUAGCAACAGCAGGAGAAAGGAGGCUUGAGGCUGAGAACGUGAUGCCCAAACAACGUCAUAUUUCUCAUCCUCUGUAACUGCUAUCUUCAUGAUCAGGAGCUUGUGACAACCACAAGGCCCGGCUGAACACGUUGAUACAACUUCUGUGUUUGUGGAGCCAGAAAUGCCUUCACUACGACAAGUUAAAAACAUGUCCAGUUUGUGUUUCCUCUGAAAAUCCUCCUCUCAGGUUUACAUUGGAGUCAAUGGAGAAAGCUGGAGAAAUCUGGGGGAUGUCUGCGGCAGUUGGUGUCUGCCCAGGCCACUGUGUGUGUCCUAUGGCUUUGAUUUUUGAGAUGAAGAGUGACAGCGAGUUUUGCCAUCACUGUACCAAAUUUUAUCUGUGUAGAGCGAAGUGAGUUGCCACAAUCCUUUUGUAAAGACAAAGUUUUGAGGAUCAAUUUUCAGCCUGUCUCACUCUAGCUGUGAGGUCACCCACUCUAGCGGCCAACAUUCCGUGCAAUACACACUAAUGUUAAAACCUGGACAGGUCAGAAAAUCAUGUGAAUUUUUGAACUGUCACUGUGAGAAAAGUAUGAAUGCCAUGAAGAUGGUGAAUGAAUGAGUGAAUGUCUGAAGAUGUGUGAAUAUUUUAAAGUUUGAAUGAAGUUUCUAGGUGAAAGUAUGAAUGAAUGAGAAGAGGUUGAAGUUGACUACGUCUGAAAGCCUUUUCCCAUUGAAUCCCAUUAUAACGAAGUUUUAAACUAAUCUUAAUAUUUUGAAAAGUACAAAUGGGAUUAAAAAUGUUGAAGAUGUGGAAUAAUGCUGACGAAUUUGUGAAUAUUUUAGUUUUUGAAUGAAGUUUCUACGUGGAAGUAUAGCGGAGUUGAAGGCUUUUGAAGUUUGAAGCCAAUUUGAACAUUCCGUAAUGCAUUUCUAAUGGGAGAAAUCGGUCGGAAAACCUGGAAUAUCUCGGAAAGUAUGAAUGUUAGGAAAUAUUUGAAUACAAGCCGGAAUCUCCUGAAUGAGAUGAAUCUUUUGAAGUUUGAAUGGUUUGAAUACGUUGAAGUAUGUGGAAGGAGUAGCGUGUCAAAAAACGGUGGAAGAAUAAUAAUAAUAAUAAAGAUAUGAAUAACAUAUAGUGGGAAUGCUUCGCAAUCCCACUCAAUAAAGAUAUGAAUAACAUAUAGUGGGAAUGCUUCGCAAUCCCACUCAAUAAUAAAGAUAUGAAUAACAUAUAGUGGGAAUGCUUCGCAAUCCCACUCAAUAAAGAUAUGAAUAACAUAUAGUGGGAAUGCUUCGCAAUCCCACUCAACUAGAAAAUGCAAUUUCUGAAGAAAUUGCGAGUGGGAUUGCUUCAGUCGAAAUUGCUAGCGCUAAGCUGCUAUUGCGAAUGGCUGAAUUUUAAAAUAUGUGAAAGGUCAAAAGGUAUGAAGAAUCAGGAAGAUUUGAAUCAAUUGGAAUAAACUCAAUUGAAUGAAUUGAAUAAUGCAUGAAUAACAAUUUUAGAAAAUUCAACAUCUGAAAAUUAAAAUGAUUAAAAACCCUGAAGUAUGGGAAAGGCUUGAAGAACCAAUAAGUUUUGAAUCAGUUUAAAUGAGUUGGAAUUUGUUUGAAAGAACUGAAUAAUGUAUAAAGAGUAAAAAAUAUUUAAAACUGGAGAAUUAAAAGGUUACAAAUCUGGAAGAAAAAGAGGUUUGAAGAAUCAAAACGGUUUAAAUCAGUUUGAAGGAAAUAAAUUAGUUUGAAGAACUAAAUAAUUUAUUUUCAAUGAAUGAUUGAAAAAUGGGGACAAUGUAAAUGAAAAAAUCCUGAUUUGACCCCAUAAUGUCCUCAAUGAGCUGAAUUUAUUAAGCCCUGGAUGGUUUCUGUAGCUCAAGGUUUGUGCGAAGAGAUAGAUGACAAAGUUCGUCAAAUAACUCUAUUGAAGGGUUUUAAAUGUAACCCCCAGUACUCUGUGUACUGAGCCUGGCUUCAUGUGUCUCAUAUGGCUGUUAGAAGCAGCUUUCCAGUCAGCUGUGUGUCUCCAGGUGCUCCCUUUGGUUGCCAUGGUGACGAUAGAUGCUUAACAACAGCAGGAGAAAGGAGGCUUGAGGCUGAGAACGUAAUGCCCAAACAACGUCAUAUUUCUCAUCCUCUGUAACUGCUAUCUUCAUGAUAAUGAGCUUCUGAGAACCACAAGACCCGGCUGAACACGUUGAUACAACUUCUGUGUUUGUGGAGCCAAAAAUGCCUUCACUACGACAAGUCAAAAACAUGUCCAGUUUGUGUUUCCUCUGAAAAUCCUCCUCUCAGGUUUACAUUGGAGUCAAUGGAGAAAGCUGGAGAAAUUUGGGGGAUGUCUGUGGCAGUUGGUGUCUGCCCAGGCCACUGUGUGUGUCCUAUGGCUUUGAUUUUUGAGAUGAAGAGUGACAGCGAGUUUUGCCAUCACUGUACCAAUUUUUAUCUGUGUAGAGCGAAGUGAGUUGCCACAAUCCUUUUGUAAAGACAAAGUUUUGAGGAUUAAUUUUCAGCCUGUCUCACUCUAGCUGUGAGGUCACCCACUCUAGCUGCCAACAUUCCGUGCAAUACACACUAAUGUUAAAACCUGAACAGGUCUGAAAAUCUUUGGACUUUUUGAACUGUCACUGUGAGAAAAGUAUGAAUGCCAUGAAGAUGGUGAAUGAAUGAGUGAAUGUCUGAAGAUGUGUGAAUAUUUUAAAGUUUGAAUGAAGUUUCUAGGUGAAAGUAUGAAUGAAUGAGAAGAGGUUGAAGUUGACUACGUCUGAAGCCCUUUUCCCAUUGACUGCCAUUAUAACGAAGUUUUAAACAAAUCUUAAUAUUUUGAAAAGUACAAAUGGGAUUAAAAAUGUUGAAGAUGUGGAAUAAUGCUGACGAAUUUGUGAAUAUUUUGGUUUUUGAAUGAAGUUUCUAUGUGGAAGUAUAGAGGAGCUGAAGGCUUUUGAAGUUUGAAGCCAAUUUGAACAUUCCGUAAUGCAUUUGUAAUGGGAGAAAUCGGUCGGAAAACCUGGAAUAUCUCGGAAAGUAUGAAUGUUAGGAAAUUUUUGAAUACAAGCCGGAAUCUCCUCAACGAGAUGAAUGUUUUGAAGUUUGAAUGGUUUGAAUACGUUGAAGUAUGUGGAAGUAGUUGACUGCCAAAAAACGGCGGAAUAAUAAUAAUAAUAAUAAUAAUAAUAAUAAUAAUAAAGAUAUGAAUAACAUAUAGUGGGAAUGCUCUGCAAUCCCACUCAAUAAAGAUAUGAAUAACAUAUAGUGGGAAUGCUUCGCAAUCCCACUCAAUUAAGUGCAAUAUUUCUGACAGAAAAUACUCGUUAAAUUUUUGAUUCAAAAACUGCUUAAUUACAGAGAAUUAGGCAAAUGUGAGAACUUGCUCUCCACCUCUUUGAAUCAUUUUUACAUAGAUGACAAAAUGAGUGUUUCAGUAGGCUAUUAUUGCCUGUGUGGAAGUUGCAUGUCAAGUAAAGGACAGAUACUUACAGUAGCAAGUCAUUUUUAUAAAUUUGGUUUACUUAUACUGUGACUGACAUCGUUUUGAUAUAGAUCAUGAAUCAUAUAACUUGCUUGCUGUUAAAGCCAAACAUUUGGAAAUAGGACGCAAAGAUCAAUCGAUACCAUUUAGUUCAUCUCUAUAUAGCUAACCCUGACUUCAGUUUUCUCUAAUUCAGGCAUAGCUUGUUUCAGAAAACACCCCUGUGAUGAUAAGAGAUUUUUUCAUUUGACAAAAAGACAGAGAAGUUUGAAGGUUUGACAUCCUAAAUAAAAUUACUAUGUAAGAUUUCUCUGAACAAAAAAGGUCCAUCAGAUACUAUUUUCUGUACAUUACUGACAUUUUUUUCCUUUCCCUAACCCCUGAUUAUUUGGUCAAUAAAGCAUGUUUAGUUUUUCAUGCUUGUAAUGUAAAUGCACAUCUGAUUCCAUGUACAUUAGGACAAUCAUUAGGGGAACAAAACAUGUCUUACCUCAUGCUGUUCCUCUCUGCUCUACAGAAUGUCCAUGGCUCUUCCGCGUCAUGUCAUCUGGAAAUCAGAAGGUCUGGUGGCUUACCUCCAUCCCCGGCCCUGGACCUCAGGCUCUCUUAUCCUGGAGCGCAGCACACCUGGCAGCCCAGGAGGCAGCAUCUUCCACCUGGAGAAACAGGAGUUCUUAUCCUGGCUGCUGGGGGCUAGAGUCGUUUCAGAGAUACUGUGUGACAAAAUGGCAGUUCAGAGGUGUGCCCUGGUCAGCAGACCUAAGAGGGACAGACCUGCCCAGGUAAGGGUUAAUACUGUACAACCUUUUCAUUGGCUGGUCUGCUGUUGAGUAGAAGUAGUUCACGAAAAUUGACACAUACUACUUUGCAGAGAAAGUUUGGCGUUGAUUUUAAAUAGAGUGGUCUAACAUUUGUGAAAUUUAGGGUUGUCCUCAUGGGAAAGUCUCUCGAACAAUUUCCCCAGUGGUGAAAGCAGUAACAGUGUGAGCCUUUGUAGCUAUAGUCCCAUGAGUCCUGUUUGCAAAUGUGCUUUAAAUGGCCGCCAGUAUGAAUAAAAAGGCAAAUAUGAGCUUGCCCAAUAUUGUGUUAACACAAAGGUCAUUUUCAAAUGAUUAGUGGAAAAACAUUUUUGUGUUACAUAGAUAUAUACAGGUGCUACAUAAAUAAAUGUAGAUUAUUUUGUAUAAUUUAGUCAAAUUUGAUCAACACUUGGUUUAAUUUCCACAGAUCUAUAUCCUCCCUCUGCAUGGUCUUCAUGCGAAGUGGCGCCCUCACCUGGCAGGAGAAGAGGAGCACAAUACCCAUGACCCUGGGUACUGCACCUCAAAGACGGCUGCCAGAUGGAGUGACUCCAGCUUAACAGACAUUCAGGCCAAGAUUCGGGCCAAACUCCCACAACCUGAUGCCCCUUAUAAUCUGACUUUCCUCGGAGAUGAUCCAGCUCAUCCUGGUUUGUUUUCACGCAUCGUGCGUGGGGAGGAGCAGCAGUGGAGGGUGUGGGAGGAUGAUGGUCAUGUGGCCUUUCUCACUCCUUUCCCCAAUUCUCCCGGCUUUACUGUGCUGGUCCCACGCCGACCCUUGACCUCUGAUAUAUUCAGACUAGAAAAAAGGGACUAUGAGGAGCUGGUGCUGGCAGCCCUGAAGGUGGCAAAACUUCUAGAGGAGAGUUUAAGUGCCUGGGGGGUGGGGCUCAUAUUUGAGGGUUUUGAGAUUGACUACGCACAUGCCAAGUUGAUACCACUGUUUCUACCUCCAUCAGACAGGAGUAAACUAUCCCCUGAAUUUUAUCCCACUUAUCCUGGAUAUGUAACCUCAGAGGAUGGACCUGAAGCCAGCCAGGAAACUCUGAAGGAGUUGUACACCAAAAUUACACAGACUUAA